GGCUCUGGGUUCGCGAUCUUGAGGAGUCCGACUGAAGUGAGGAGAGAGGCCGGACUGGAGCGACAGGACGGGAGAGACAGGUCGACGGACAGACAGGUCGCUCGGUUGAGGAUAAACAUCAACACACAGCAGACUGGAGCGACGCGCGACGCGCAGGGAGACCGAACCAGACGCGCAGGAAGACCGGACCAGACGCGCAGGGAGACCGGACCAGACGCGGAGGGAGACCGGGGCGACGCAUAGGGAGACCCAGCCAGACGCGUCUCUCGCCGGAGACCUGGACCGGGUUCUGAGGAGACUUUGAACCUGCCUACGGACGUUCAGCGGUCCUAAGAGCGAUUAUUUUUUCAGUAGAUAUUGGGAACAGAGAGCGGCUGAAUCUUGGAUCUUUACGGAGAAUUUUUCGUUCCGGUUCGGACGGAACAUCGGGAGGAUGCGCGGGCUUUUUCUGGGAGAAUAGAGCGGCUUAUUUGGGUAACAUGGCUAACGGAGGAGAUGCGUUCGGCCUCCCCGAUCGUCCGGACUCGGACCCGGAUUCCCCAAAAGACAACAAAAACGAGAAUCCUCCAAUCAGGAGCCGGCCCGCCUCACCUCAGAGCACGUGCAACCAGGGGAUGGAGGGGGUGAAGGUGUUUCUCCAUGAAGCUGAGCUCUGGUCGAAGUUCGACGAGGUGGGGACGGAGAUGAUCAUCACGAAGGCCGGGAGGAGGAUGUUCCCGGGCUACAAGGUGAAGGUAACGGGUCUGAACCCCAAGACAAAGUACAUCUUGCUGAUGGACGUGGUGCCCGCCGACGACCACCGCUACAAGUUCGCGGACAACAAGUGGUCGGUGACGGGGAAGGCCGAGCCGGCCAUGCCCGGGCGGCUGUACGUCCACCCGGACUCGCCCGCCACGGGGGUGCACUGGAGCCGCCAGCUCGUCUCCUUCCAGAAGCUCAAGCUGACCAACAACCAUCUGGACCCCUUCGGACACAUCAUUCUGAACUCGAUGCAUAAGUACCAGCCGCGGCUGCACGUGGUGAAGGCAGACGAGAACAACGGCUUCGGCUCCAAGAACACAGCGUUCUGCACGCGCUCCUUCCCUGAAACGGCCUUCAUCGCCGUGACGUCAUACCAGAACCACAAGAUCACGCAGCUGAAGAUCGAGAACAACCCGUUUGCGAAGGGCUUCAGAGGCAGCGACGACAUGGAGCUUCACCGCAUGGCCAAGCUGCAGGGUAAAGACUACCCGGUGGUUCCCCGCACGGCAGCCCGGCCCCGGGUGUGUUCCAGCGGGAGCCCCUACCAGGGCGAGCCCCGGGCCCUCCAGGGGUCCCCGGGGGGCCCCCGCUCCCCGUACCCCUGUGAGGGCCGGCCCCGGGGCCCCCCAGCCCACUACGCUGCCCCCCAACACCUACAGCACGGCCAGCAGGCCUACCACGGCACCAAGAGGAAAGCAGCGGAGGACGGCUGCGCUCCGGACGACCGGCAGCACCUCUACAAGAAGCCCUACCCGGGGGGGUCCCCGGAGCCCUACUACCACCCCGCCUCCUACGCCCCGCCCCUCUCCGGCCACGCCCCCCCAGGCCCCUCCGACGCCCCCUACAGCGCCGACGUGGGCCAGCGGCAGGCCUGCAUGUUCGCCAGCCCCGAGCCGCGGCUGGAGGACCUGGGCUGGGCCUACGCCUGCCCGCUGCCGCCCUCCAUGACCCCCGCCCUCCACGACUACCCGCCCUACUCCCCCCACGGGCCCUACAGCUCCAGCCCCCAGGGCUCCCGGCUCAGCGGCGCGGCCCACCACGGGUCUCCGUCGCUGGGGGAGCCCCUGGCCCACGCGCCCUACCAGACCCAGGGCUCGGCGGGCCAGGACCCCCACAGCAGGAGGCUGACACCCCCCCCCCUCAGGGAGUACUCCCGCUUCCCCCCCUCCGCCCUGUCCCCCCCGCUCUACCACACGCUGGAGGCCCACGGCCCCCACGCCAGGGGGGCGGCGCCCGAGUGGAGCUCCGCCUCCUAAGCCGACCCAAGCCCGUGGAUUUAGGGUGAGCGAGGACUCUGGGAACUCUGGGAACGUCUGGAAAACGUGUGAACCAAUCCACGGACCCUACUGUGUGCUCUCCUGAAAGGCGUGUUGAUGAAGCGUCUUUAGCGUGGUGGUGAACGUGUGUGUUGUGCAGUGUGUCGGCUCCUGGGGUGGCUGUCUCGUUUUGGUCUCUGGUCGGUCUCUCCGGUCGGUCUCUCUGGUCGGUCUCUCUGGACAGUCUCUCUGGUCGGUC